AUGGAAGGAGGUGACGCUGAUGAUCAUCUUGACUUUACUAAGCUGGUUUUUGCAUGGUCUCUUGAUGACAUUUUUAAUGAUGAUCAUUAUAGAUCCCAGGUAAAGAAGAUACCACUUACUUUUGAGUCUGUGGAACAGUAUUUCAGUUCUUUUGUUUAUCCUUUGUUAGAGGAAACCCGUGCAGAAUUGGCUUCCUCUAUGGAGAUCAUGUAUAGAGCUCCUUAUGCUGAAAUUCUAUCUAUGAAGGACGCCAAAAGUUCCGAAAACAUAUUCUAUGAUGUUACUGUUGCUCCUUGGAGAAACCGAUACAGUGAACGUGGCAAAGAGCCUUAUAGCACAUUACCUGAAAAUGACAUCGAGGAAGAUGAUUCAGAUUAUAACGUAAGUGAUAAGAAAAAUAGUAAGCCUAAAGAAUUUAAGCUUCAAGCAUCAAAACCGGUUAUGUUCCAAGAUGGAAUGUUUGUUGUUUUUGUGAUGAAUAUUACAACUCAGAAAAGAGUAUGGAAUUCAUUGCACAUGCAUAAAAAUCUUAGUAUUAUCAAAGAGGUUCUAUAUUCUGAUUCUGAGGUUAAGGAGACUUGCAAUGUCUGCUCUUUUGGUUGUGAUGAUCUUAUUUCUCAAAAAGUUGACCCACAUAUUUUGGAUAAGUUGAAUGAAUCUCAAAAACAGGCAAUCAUGGCGUCCAUUUGUAAAACAAAAUGUUGCCACAUUUCUUCUGUAGAACAAAUAUGGGGACCCCCGGGGACGGGUAAAACAACAACAGUAAGUGUAUUGUUGUUUAUUCUCUUGCAAAUGAACCAAAGGGUACUGACUUGUGCUCCUACAAACGUUGCUGUAGUACAAGUAGCCUCACGUGUGCUGAGUUUGGUAAAUGAAUCGCUAAACACUGUCACUGCAGAUGGUUUUUCUCUUUGUUCUUUUGGGGACAUGCUCUUAUUUGGCAACAAAAAUAGGUUAAAAGUUGGUAUUGAAAUAGAAGAAAUCUUUCUAGAUUAUCGGGUUGAAAGGCUUACAGAGUGCCUUGGGUGUGUGAAUUGUUGGAAGCUUUCCAUAAGAUCAAUGAUUAGUUUACUUGAAGAUUGUGUUUCAGAAUAUCAACUGUUUGUAGAAAAUGAAUUGAUUAGACAGAGACAACUUAAGGUUGAAAAUGCAUCGAUUGAAGAAACACGGUUCAAAACUCAAAAUGAAGAUAAAACUGAAGAUCUGGAAGUCAAAUCAUUCGUUGAGUUUUUACGAGAACGAUUCAGUUCUUGUGCACAUCCACUCAAAAGAUGUGUGGUUGCAUUCUGUACUCACAUCUCAAGAAGUUUCAUGGGGGAGUCUAAUUUUCAGAAAAUGAUCUCACUAUUGGAUAAUUUAAACUCGUUCGAAGCAUUGUUAUCUCAAGAGAAUCUGGUUUCAGAAGAACUUUUUAAUUCUAAACCAUUGCUAGAUGAUUUUGUGAAAUCAGAAUUUGAAUCAGAUAUCAAUUAUGUUAGCGGCAAGUGUCUAUCUAUUUUAAGAAAUCUGCAGACAUCUGUUGAAGGACUCAUUCUUCCAAAUGAUUUGGACAUAAAUGAAGUUAGAAACUUCUGUUUCAAAAACGUUUCUCUUAUUUUCUGCACAAAUUUGAGCUCCUACAAGUUGCACACUUCUGUCGGAAUGGAGCCUUUGAACAUAGUGGUCAUAGAUGAAGCAGCCCAACUGAAAGAGGCCGAGUCAACCAUUCCUCUUCAACUUCUUGGAAUAAAGCAGGCUAUUCUCAUUGGAGAUGAGUGCCAGUUACCUGCAAUGGUUACUAGCAAUGUUUCUACCGAGUCUGGCUUUGGACGAAGCUUGUUUUACAGAUUGAGUUCUUUGGGGCAUUCUAAGCAUCUACUGAAUGUUCAGUACAGAAUGCAUCCUUCUAUCAGCUUCUUUCCAAACUGGAAAUUCUAUGAAAAACAAAUAAUGGAUGCGGAACAUGUGACCCGUAAAAGUUAUGAAAUAGAAUAUCUUUCAGGGCCAAUGUUCGGGUCAUACUCAUUUAUAAAUGUGGUUAAUGGAAGAGAAGAAAAAGAUGAUGAUGGACGGAGCUGGAGAAAUAUGGUUGAGGUGGCUAUUGUGAUUAAGAUUGUACAGAAUCUGUAUAAAGCGUGGAACGACUGCAAGAAGCUGCUUUCAAUCGGUGUUGUAUCUCCAUAUGCCGCCCAAGUCGUUUCCAUUCAAGAAAAACUUGCUAAAAAGUAUGAGAAACUUGAUGAUUUUUUGGUCAAAGUGAAGUCAAUUAAUGGAUUUCAGGGUGGUGAAGAAGAUGUUAUAAUUUUAUCUACUGUAAGAUCCAACAGCCAUGGAUCAGUUGGCUUUCUAUCAAGUCCUCAGAGGACCAAUGUUGCCUUGACACGAGCACGACACUGUCUAUGGAUAUUGGGCAAUGAAACAACCCUGGCUAAUAGUAACUCUGUAUGGAGUGAUCUAGUAUCUGAUGCAAGAAAUCGCCAUUGUUUGUUUGAUGCUGAUGCUGAUGAAUGCUUGAAGAUGACGAUGAUAGCUGCAAAAAAAGAACUUGAACAGCUUGAUGAUCUGGUCAACGGGAAUAGUGUACUUUUCAAGCAUGCAAAAUGGAAGGUUCUGUUUAGUGACGACUUUAGAAGAUCCUUUGGAUCGUUAACGUCUUCUAGUUUGAAAAAGCUGGUUUUGAAUCUGCUAUUGAAACUUUCUGGUGGCUGGAGGCCCAAGAACCGAAGUGUAGACUUGCAUUGUGAAACUGCAUCUCAUAUUUUGAAACAAUUUAAGGUUGAAGGGCUUUACAUUAUCUGCACAAUUGAUAUCAUCAAAGAUAUCAAAUAUAUACAAGUUUUGAAGGUUUGGGAUGUAUUACCUUUCGAAGAGAUUCCAAAACUUCGACAACGACUUGAGAACAUAUUUUUUGCAUACACAGAUGAUUAUAUUAAUCGUUGCACGGCAAAAUGUUUGGAGGGGAAUUUGGAAGUUCCUCGGAUUUGGCCGGCAUCCCAAGAAAUUGUUCGAUUUCGUUCUUUAAGUAAUGAAGAAUGCCUAAAUGAAGUUUGCGAGAACACUGGUGAUGUUAGAACUUUUGUUGAAAGCUCAAAAGUGAGUGAAAGCUUGUUGCUAAUGAAGUUCUACUCAUUGUCUAGUGGUGUGGUGAGCCAUUUGCUUUCUGGCAAAGAAGUUGAUCUACCCAUGCAAGUCACUGAUGAACAAAUGGACAUUAUAUUGUUUUCAAGAACUUCAUUAAUAAUUGGGCGAUCAGGAACUGGGAAAACUACUAUUUUAACGAUGAAGUUGUUCCAAAACGAACAGGAUUUCCGCAAUGCUUCUGAAGGGGUUUAUGAAGCGGAGAGCAGCCGAAUUAGGGAUGCUGAAGUUGGUGAUCACGAAGAGAGCAAGCCAAGUGUGCUCUGCCAGCUUUUUGUGACAGUGAGCCCAAAAUUGUGUUACGCUGUAAAACAGCAUGUUUCCCAUCUCACAAGUAUUUCAUCGAGUGGGAAGUCAUCUGAAAAGAUCAAUCUUGAUGAAGAAGAUGUGAUGACAUUAGACUUCAAUGAUAUUCCAGAUACAUUGAUUGGUAUGCCUGAGAAAAGCUAUCCUCUUGUUGUAACGUUUCAUAAGCUUCUGAUGAUGCUGGAUGGUACAUUAGGAGAUUCUUUCUUUGAAAGAUUUUUCGAAACAAGAGAAGGUUCUCUUGAUAAUCAUCCAAGUUCCAGAUCUGUUGCAUUGAAAACUUUUAUAAGAUUAAGGGAGGUUACAUUCGACAGAUUUUGCACACUUUACUGGCCCCACUUCAAUACAAAGUUGACAAAGAAGCUUGAUCCCUCCCGAGUGUUCACAAAAAUAAUGUCGCAUAUUAAAGGAGGACUGGAAGCAGGGAACUAUAGUGAUGGAAAAUUGAGCGAUGAGAGGUACCGUCUCUUGGCUGAAAGUCGUUCAUCCACCUUAACAGAACAGCAAAGAGAGACCGUUUACUCCAUCUUUCAACUCUAUGAAAAGAUGAAAUCCGAAAGAGGAGAAUUUGAUUUGGGAGACUUAGUGAAUGACCUUCAUCGCCGACUUAAAACUGGGACUUAUGAAGGUGACCAGAUGGAUUUCGUUUAUAUCGAUGAGGUGCAGGAUCUUACUAUGAGGCAGAUUUCCCUUUUUAAAUACAUAUGCCAAAAUGUUCACGUGGGAUUUAUUUUUGCUGGUGAUACUGCUCAAACAAUCGCAAGAGGAAUUGAUUUUAGGUUUGAAGAUAUACGAUCUCUGUUUUAUGAUGAGUUUUUAAGGACCAAAGUAACCGGACAAGUAGGAAAAGGUCUUGUUUCUGAGAUCUUUCAGUUGAAGCAAAACUUCAGAACUCAUGCAGGUGUUCUUGAUUUAGCUCAAAGCGUCAUUGACAUUCUGUAUUGUUAUUUCGCCCACUCAAUUGAUGUUUUGGAUCCCGAGACGAGUUUUAUUUCUGGGGAGGCUCCUGUUUUGGUCGAGUCUGGUAACGAAGAAAAUAGUGGAAAUGGUGGAGAAAUCGUGGGCUUUGGUGCAGAACAGGUGAUUUUGGUCCGUGAUGAUCGUGCAAAAACUGAUAUUUGUGAAUUUGUAGGAAAACACGCCCUUGUACUUACUAUAGUUGGAUGUAAAGGUCUAGAGUUUCAGGUCAGUCCCUUGAUAAUUUAA